CUGAGCUCCUGUAGCCAGAGCUGACGCCGUCGAGGAAGAAGCUCAGCUGUUAGCGGGAGCGGUGCCACAGGUUCACAGCGCGUUUCCUGACGUCAAAGCCUUUGUUUUGACGUCAUGCUUUGAAGAACAGGUCGCCGAUGAGGUGAGUGAGUUUGUCGCGCACGAUGAGUGAGUGAUUUGGUGGAUUAGUUUAAGAUCUGUCGCCAUGUUUGUCUGCGAAACACCGAAGCCUGAGAACUGACCGUGCAGUCCGAGCGGGGCGUCAUAGUGUUCAACGUGUUUGGUCCGCAUGAUGCGUGCAAGAUGAUUGACAGUGUUCUGAGCUGAGCGUCAGCAACAACACUCCGGACCCGACCCCGGAUGUCGCGUGUGUUCGGGAGAGAAGAGUCACAGUGUGUGCUGGAGGACAACGACCAGGUCAAAGGGCACCGCGGCGUGAGUGUGUUGUCAUGGUAACGACGUCUUGGCGACCAGGUGAGGCGAUGGCGGAGGACCCGCAGAGGAACUUCCGCUCGGCCUACUACGAGAAGGUGGGCUUCAGGGGCGUGGAGGAGAAGAAGUCUCUGGAGAUCCUGCUGAAGGACAACCCUCUGGAUCUGGAGAAGCUGAGCACCUUCACUCAGAGGUUCCCCCUGCCCUCGGUGUACCGGAUCCACGUGUGGAAGGUCCUGCUCGGCGUCCUGCCUCCGCACAGCGACUCGCACGCCCGGGUGGGCGGCUUCCGGCGGGAGCAGUACCAAGACGUGCUGGAGGCGCUGCAGGUGAUGAGGUUCGUGCAGCCGGCCACGCCCUCCAGCCAGGUGCACCUGCGCAUGUUCCAGCUAGAGAGCCAGGUGCUGCCGCGCCGCUCCGAGACCCUGCCGCCGGGCACCGAGAGCCAGGACUUCCUGUCCAUCUGCCGGGCCAUGGAGGAGCUGGCCGACGAGCCGGUGGACUGCUACUGGCUCACCAAGGCCUUCGUCAGCCAGUUCCACAGCAAGUUCGGCGACUCGGUCCCUCACUUGCCCAAGAGUCUGGAGCACUACCUGAGUCAGGAGGAGCCCCGCCUGCUGGCCCACCUGAGGAGCUGCGGCGCGAUGCCCCUGCUGCCCUACACGCUGUGGUUCCGCCGCUGCUUCGCCGGCUGCCUGCCCGAGUCCAGCCUGCAGAGGGUGUGGGACAAGGUGGUGAGCGGCUCCUGCAAGGUCCUGGUGUUUGUGGCACUGGAGAUCCUCCUCAGCUACAAGAUCCUGCUGCUGGGCCUGGCCCGUGGAGACGCCAUCGCCAGCUUCCUGCGGGAGAUGCCGCAGGAGAACACGGACGCCAUCGUCACCAAGGCCGUGGAUCUGUGGCACAAGUACUGCGGCACGCCCACGCACGCCGCCUAGCUCCCGCCCACAGCCCAGCUGACGCGCCAAUAAAAGCUGACGCCGACUGAGUCUGACUCGUCUGUGGUCCCGAGUCA